GGAGAAGAGCAAAGGAGAGCAGUCUUCCCCUGGAUUUGUUGCCCGGGACCGCUGCGGCGCAGGCGGAUCGCCGAGGGGAGCACCGAGUCACUGCGCUCGUCAUCUCUCAGCCCGGGCCGCCGAGGCCCGCGGGUGGAAGCGCAGCCCCCGCGCCCUCCUCGCGAGCCCCAGCGGCGUCCCGCAGGUUCUUGGUGCGGCCGGGCCCGGGCUGCCCUCUCAUGUGGCCCUGAGCGCGGGAGUCCGCACGGGCGGGAGCAGAGUGGUCUGUGCGUCCCGCCGAGCGCGCCUGCGUGCGUGGCCAGCGCGCUGCCCGCUUCUGCCUGGCUUCCCGGCUUAAUUUUCUUCGGCGGGAUUAAAGUUGGAAAUUGAGCGGAGAAUUGAGUUGCCCGGGAACAGAGCCGCGGCCGCCGCCAGAGCGAUGUUCCCGCAGAGCCGGCACCCGACGCCGCACCAGGCUGCAGGCCAGCCCUUCAAGUUCACUAUCCCGGAGUCCCUGGACCGGAUUAAAGAGGAAUUUCAGUUCCUGCAGGCGCAGUAUCACAGCCUUAAAUUGGAAUGUGAGAAACUGGCAAGUGAAAAGACAGAAAUGCAGAGGCACUAUGUGAUGUAUUAUGAAAUGUCAUAUGGAUUAAACAUAGAAAUGCAUAAACAGACUGAAAUCGCCAAGAGAUUGAAUACGAUUUGUGCACAAGUCAUCCCAUUUCUGUCUCAGGAACAUCAGCAGCAGGUGGCCCAGGCUGUCGAACGUGCCAAACAGGUGACCAUGGCAGAGCUGAAUGCCAUCAUCGGGCAGCAGCAGUUGCAAGCUCAGCAUCUUUCUCAUGGCCACGGACCUCCAGUGCCCCUCACCCCUCACCCUUCGGGACUUCAGCCUCCUGGAAUCCCGCCCCUCGGCGGCAGUGCCGGCCUCCUGGCGCUGUCUAGUGCUCUGAGUGGCCAGUCUCACUUGGCAAUUAAAGAUGACAAGAAGCACCACGAUGCAGAGCACCACAGAGACAGAGAACCAGGCACAAGUAAUUCCCUCUUGGUCCCAGACAGUUUAAGAGCCACAGAUAAACGCAGAAAUGGGCCCGAGUUUUCUAAUGACAUCAAAAAAAGAAAGGUGGACGAUAAGGACUCCAGCCACUAUGAUAGCGAUGGUGACAAAAGCGAUGACAACUUAGUUGUGGAUGUUUCUAAUGAGGACCCCUCAUCUCCCCGUGCAAGCCCCGCCCAUUCACCCAGGGAAAAUGGGAUUGACAAAACCCGCCUGCUGAAGAAAGACGCCUCCAGCAGCCCGGCGUCCACUGCCUCCUCGGGAAGUUCCACUUCUUUGAAAUCCAAAGAAAUGAGCUUGCAUGAAAAAGCCAGCACGCCUGUGCUGAAAUCCAGCACACCGACGCCUCGGAGUGACAUGCCAACGCCGGGCACCAGCGCCACUCCAGGACUCCGUCCAGGCCUCGGCAAGCCUCCAGCCAUGGACCCCCUCGUCAACCAAGCGGCAGCUGGCCUGAGGACACCCCUGGCGGUGCCCGGCCCAUACCCCGCACCAUUUGGGAUGGUGCCCCACGCAGGCAUGAAUGGUGAGCUGACCAGCCCCAGCGCCGCCUACGCCAGUCUCCACAACAUGUCGCCGCAGAUGAGUGCAGCUGCGGCUGCUGCCGCCGUGGUGGCUUAUGGGCGCUCCCCGAUGGUUGGGUUUGAUCCACCCCCUCACAUGCGUGUACCUACGAUCCCUCCAAACCUGGCAGGAAUCCCUGGGGGGAAGCCAGCAUACUCCUUCCACGUUACUGCAGAUGGUCAGAUGCAGCCCGUCCCCUUCCCCCCAGAUGCCCUCAUCGGCCCUGGCAUCCCCCGACACGCUCGCCAGAUCAACACCCUGAGCCAUGGGGAGGUGGUGUGCGCGGUGACCAUCAGCAACCCCACGCGACACGUAUACACAGGUGGGAAGGGCUGCGUCAAGGUCUGGGACAUCAGCCACCCCGGCAACAAGAGCCCCGUCUCUCAGCUCGACUGUCUGAACAGGGAUAACUACAUCCGUUCCUGCAAAUUGCUCCCUGAUGGCUGCACUCUCAUAGUGGGAGGGGAAGCUAGUACCCUGUCCAUCUGGGACCUGGCGGCUCCCACCCCGCGCAUUAAGGCAGAGCUGACGUCCUCGGCCCCCGCCUGCUACGCCCUGGCCAUCAGCCCCGACUCCAAGGUCUGCUUCUCCUGCUGCAGCGACGGCAACAUCGCUGUGUGGGACCUGCACAACCAGACGCUGGUGAGGCAAUUCCAGGGCCACACGGACGGGGCCAGCUGUAUUGACAUUUCUAACGAUGGCACCAAGCUCUGGACGGGCGGCUUGGACAACACGGUCCGGUCCUGGGACCUGCGCGAGGGGCGGCAGCUGCAGCAGCACGACUUCACCUCCCAGAUAUUCUCCCUUGGGUAUUGCCCAACUGGAGAGUGGCUGGCCGUGGGCAUGGAGAGCAGCAACGUGGAAGUCCUCCACGUGAACAAGCCUGACAAGUACCAGCUACAUCUCCACGAGAGCUGUGUGCUGUCCCUAAAAUUCGCUUAUUGUGGUAAAUGGUUUGUGAGUACUGGAAAAGAUAACCUCCUCAAUGCUUGGAGGACCCCCUAUGGAGCUAGUAUAUUCCAGUCCAAAGAGUCCUCAUCUGUGCUCAGCUGUGACAUCUCUGUGGAUGACAAAUACAUUGUCACUGGCUCAGGGGACAAGAAGGCUACAGUCUAUGAAGUCAUCUACUGAAAACAUUAUGUGGUUUAAUGUUUAUAGUUGAAUUGGGCCAAAAUGUUUUGAAUUUGUAGAAAUAGAAAAGUCGUAACUUUAAAAACACAAAAACCUGUUUCCAAGCCUUGACACAAAACUACUUUGCGUCUACAAAGAGGAGGCAACAAGCACAUCAAGAGAAGGUCACCUAUCUACCUAGACCAAAUGGAGCACCGAGGCAACGUGGACAGAGGGGUGAGGGUUGCAGGCUCCAUGAACGGAGCCUGCCAGCCCAGGCAGAGUUCAUCUUUUUCUUUCUGUGAGGUCUGCCGAGAUUACCUUUCUGUUACUUGUGGUUUCCCUCCUAUCUGUCCUUGGUAGAUCAGUGGUGUCUCCAAUGAACUCGUUUCCUGGUUUUGCAUCUUGUGAAAUGUUUUUUUUGUAUUUUUGUUGAAGGUUAAACAUUUGUAUAAAUUGUAAAUAUAUUUGGUUUAUUACAGUAAAGGCUUUAGUACCAAUAA